GUUCCCUUAAUAGCAUAUAAAGUUGAUAUGUGGAGAAAGAAAAUCCACGACACCCGACUCCAAAUUAAGUUCUUUAAUAGGGGCUUUCUCGGUUAAGCAUUGAGCCACGACUCACUACAGAACUAAUAAUAAAGUUCUUUACUUAAUUUGUCUUCACCAACAAAAUAAGCAAAAUAAUCUCUGACGUGCCACGGUUUACAGAAAACUGAAUCAACAAAGAAUAACUUUUAUUUGAGUCUGAAAUGGGGAGUUUGAGAAGAGCAUUGGUUUCAGUCGAUCGUUUUCUCCAAUCAUCGGCCGCAAUCCAUAGUAGCUUCUCGGUCGCGGAGGCCAACUCUCUGGUUCGAGCGCCUGAAUCUUUGUGUAGGCCUCAUUCAACCGUUGGUUAUUGUCGGGUUUACCGCUUUUAUUCAAACAAUUACACCAAUUUACCGUCUUUUAAUAUCGAUCUCUCCAACGAAGAGAGCAAGAAACACCUUUAUAACAGACUGGUAUACAGGAGCAAACAGAUGGGAUUUCUGGAGUUGGAUUUGGUUUUGGGCAAAUGGGUAGAGGAGCAUAUCAACUCCAUGGAUGAAAAUGGAAUCAAAGCUCUCGUCCAUGUCCUCGACCUGGAAAAUCCAGAUCUCUGGAAGUGGAUAACUGGUCAAGAGCAAACUCCUAAGGCACUUCAAAUUAAUCCUGUCUUUACUGCUCUGCGUGACAAAGUCAUGAACAAUCUUAAUAGACAUUCUUCUCCUGAAACACGAGCAAAACCUGGACAGCCAUGGGUGAGAGGUUGGGAUGACAUCAAGAGAGCUCGGGACAGCCCUAUUACUGGAAAUCAGUAACUCUGUCAUCCAUGAUUUAAAGCUGGACUUUCCAGUUUGCUUGUAAGAGGAUUUGGUAAAUGCAUUAGUUUCCGUAUUUGUUUGCCUUCGUAUAAAUAAGUACAAGUUGAGUACAAAAAAUAUAAAAAUGAAUAAAUAAAUACAUGAAAAAGUACAAGUGGUGAACAUGUACUGCUGAAAUCUUUCUAAAGUUGUAUUAUCAUGUCAAAUAAGUGAAUUUUACUAGAAAAAGGAACAUUUAAAGAAGGAAAAAUACCAAUUUGGCCA